AUGGCGGAUCUUGAGAGAUUUCCUGGACUUCUGCGAAUUAUAGCAAAUUAUUAUAUAGAUUUUUUCAGAUUGGAUAACAAUUUCACUGUCGUGGCCAGUAAAACAAUCUUUAAAUGUGAUAGAGCAAAUUUGCUGUGGAAUUGUAAAGCUUCAGGAACUGCGCUAAUUGCCUUAGCUAUAGUGGAUGUGGAUCAGUCAAAUAAAAGCUACUAUGGCGAACAAAUUCUUUAUUUAAUGUCUAUUAAUGGUGAAAGUUGUAUGGUAACUUUAUCUAAACAAGGGCCUAUUUACUGUGUGAAAUGGAAUCCUAAUGGGAAGGAAUUUGCAGUUUGUUAUGGUUUUAUGCCAGCACGGGUAUCUUUCUAUAAUGUAAAAGGUGAGUGUGUUUUCGAUAUGGGUGAAGGUCCUCGAAAUGAUCUAUAUUAUAAUCGCUUUGGAAAUAUUUUAAUUGUUUGUGGAUUUGGUAAUAUUGCAUCUGGUAAUAUGGAGUUUUGGGAUGUUGGAGGUCGGAAGGAAAUCAUUAAAAUUCAAGUACCAAAUACUACUUUCCUGGAAUGGGCUCCAGAUGGUCAGCUUGUAAUUACGGCUACGACCGCUCCUCGGUUACGUAUGGAUAAUUGUUAUCGAAUAUGGCAUUUUACUGGAAAGCUCAUAUAUGAGUUCUUAUGCAAAGAAACUGUUGAACUUUUUCAGGUUCAGUGGAGGCCGGUAAGUGAUGGAAUUUAUCACCCUUUUCCAUUACCCACUUUAACAAGCGAUGACAAAGCUAAAGCUGGUUUAAUCUUCCGAUCAAAAAAUGCUGAUGAAAGUCAUCCAGCAAAUAAUUUACCUGCUGGUUCUAUUUCCAAAAUUAGCGCAUAUGUGCCGCCUCAUCUGCGCAAGAGAGGUAUUGGCAAAGGUGGUUUAGAUUCAGCUAUAACUCAGAAAGCAGUGAAGUCUGAAAUAGAAAAGAAGAUAAUGAAUUUGCGAAAGAAGAUUGAUGAUAUUGCGAAAUUAAAAAAAAGGAUGCUAAAUGGCGAAACUUUGGAAGCCAACCAAUUACAGAAAAUAGAAAAAGAAUGCGGCUGGUUGAAAGAACUUGAAGCAUUAAAAUUGUCAACUGAAAAUUAA